AUGAAGAAGGUAACAGUAGUGUUAGUUACGGCGUUAGCCGUGGGCAGUUUAGGGUUCCUUAUUAAGGUUCCAGAUAUACAACAACCAACAAUAAAGACAAGUUCUAUGGGAUGGAUUCAUAUGCAAAAGCUAUUACUGCCACUAUUUGACAAUGUUUGUGAAGAAAGCGCGGAUCCAACCAUUGUCCGAUUGGCUCAGGAGUUUACUUUAGAUUCCAUAGCGGAUAAAUAUACGGAUCCUGAAAUGGUCAAUAACCUGAAAAAGCUAUAUUCCGUCAACGGCCAGCUGCAAAAAGGCGAGAUAUUCACAGAACUGAAUCAAGACCAUAUGUUUGAGUUCCAGCUACUUUACGAUGUUCUAUACAACGCCCAAACUUUCGACACCUUUUACAAAACGGCGGCAUGGGCCCGCCAAAACGUUAACUGCGGACUUUUCGUAAACGCCAUAUACUUAGCAAUUUUGAAAAGGCGUGACACUGAAAAAAUAACAGUCCCUGCUCCAUACGAAUUGCUACCACAUUACUUUAUUCGUCAGGAUGUUAUUAUCAAAGCGUCGUCUCUAUUGGCUGGUGAAGAUGUGCCUGUUUCAGACGGCAUAGUUAAUGAAGGCAACUCAUAUAUAUUAGAUGCUAAUUACACAUGUAACAUGGAUGCGAGUGGUGAAUCUAAACUAGCAUAUUUCCAUGAAGAUGUUGGAUUGAAUACAUAUUAUUUCUUGAAGAGGAUUCAAUACGCUCCUUGGUUUAACACUGAAGAUGUGAAUAGUAACCACGCAGAGUUCAUGUACCAUUUCAUGAAACAAUUGAACGCUCGUUAUAAUUUAGAGCGGUAUUCAAAUGGAUUAACGAUACUAGAGAAGUUUGAUUGGAGUACAUGCAAUGUCGAUUCUUAUGACCCGAUGCUCGUGUUUUCUAAUGGUCAAGGAUUUACACCGAGACUCAGUGGCUUGGAUAUUACGGGCCUAAAUAUAUUACAAAAUAUUGAAGACAACAUAAUAAAAAUCGUUCCUACAAUGGUUCAAAAUGGAUACACUAAAUCACAAAUUAUCAGUAAGCUUAUGAACCUUCUGGUGACUAACUUAGAAAACUACGAAUCCGUUGCUCGCAGAUUCUUUGGAGGUGUUGCAACUGAAAACAGGUCCGUGUUGGCGCACUAUAUGACAUCUCUGCGGGAUCCAGUAUCUUGGAAGAUAAUUAAAAAAAUAGUGGAUGUAGUAGAUGAAGCUCUUAAAUCCCUUCCUGGGUACAUUAGAAAUGAGCUAUACUUCCCUGGAGUGCAAAUUCUAAACGUAGAAGUCAAAAAAGUUAACACAAUGUUUGAACCAUUCAAAUUUGAGGUUACUGAUGCUUUAAGAACAUCGAUAGAUCGCCCAAUGUUCGACGUCAAUGUAGUUGAAAGCAGAUUAAAUCAUAAACCAUUUACUCUUAAGCUCAACAUCUCUUCAUUAGUGAGUCAGAAGGGAUUAGUCAAGAUUUAUUUAGGACCAAAAAUUUUACCCGGCGAAUUUGCUGCGAAGAAAGAUUUGUUUAUGUUAUUAGAUAGCUUUGAAUGUAACCUAAAGAUUGGUAGUAACGUGAUAUCUCGAACAUCUAACGCAAUUGAGAGAACGUCUGAAGAUUUCAUUUCACUUAAAGUACUUCGCAAAUUAGUAGAAGACGCAGAAUUUGGAUUAGACGUUAAACCAUUGAAUUCGCUAGAGAAUUUAUCCGGUUUCCCAUCCCGCCUGCUACUUCCGAAAGGGACGCCAGAAGGUCUGCCGAUGGAAUUACUGAUUUUUGUGGCACCCUAUGUAAAAGUAACAGCUGCAGGAAUAAACGUCACACCAAAAACAGAAUUUAAUUCUGCAACUUUAUCUCCUGGCUAUCCUUUUGACUUAAACCUCGAUGAUAAACUAUUUAUUUCAUUGCCAAAUGUAUUAGUAAAAGAUAUUAUUAUUACGCACAAAGAUAGUAGCGGAGCAAACAAGGGAGAAUAUGACGGUUCGAAGAAAUGGGAUGGAAGCGGAAAACCGAAUACUUACGGUCCAAAACGAGAACCCUUUGAUUAUAAUUUAAAGAAGACUCAAUAUGGUAAAUCCCAAGAUUAUGAACCGGCAAAAGACGAUCAUGCUACUAUUCCUGCGAAACUAAGUGAUGAGGUUGUUACUGACAAUGUUCAAGUUACAAAGGAUUACGACGUCGAUGGGCAAAGUGAUCUUAACCCAGAAGCAGAAGACGGUUUUUAUAUGUUAAGCAAGGAGCCUUAUGCUCUUCGUUUAAGGAGUAGCCCAUACGAAAAGUAUGACUACGAGGCAAGAAAACAAAAGUACAAUUACGAAGAAAAAAGAAACAAAUAUACUACUCGCAACGAAGAAAAAAGGACCAAGUACUAUAACAGAUAUAUAUUAGACCGAACUCCAAAACCAGACGAAGAUAAAUUGGAAGAUAAAAUCAACAUAAACGAGAAAAUUAACAGAAAUUUCGGGACGCUUACUGUAGAAGAUGAUAAUAGUAACAAUAUAGAAUCUGUCGCGGAUUUGCACCCAAAAACAACCUGGGGCAAUAACAUAGGAGAAACCGACGACAAAAGGGUUAUACCCAUAAAUGAACCUGCUUCUACAUCCAAUAUUUUAGCCCCUGCCGUCGCAGUUCUCUAUCAUCUCGAGUUUGCUAAUACAGUAUGGAAACCUUAUCAUAAUAUCCAUAUUGAACGACUAGAACGGAUACAAAGAAAGUUCCUUAAAACUCUUGAUUUUAGAACUGGUCACACACAUAUGUCCCCUCACUACUACACCAAAUACAGCUCAGAGUUCCCCGUAGACGUCAGCGCCACUGUCCAGAACACGCGAGGCUUUUGGCGGUCGGAGCCCGGGAAGCCGGUUACUGGCUACAUGCCCAUCCCUCACCAAACACUGGACACCGACGACGAUCAGAAGAUGGCGAUGCUCCGCAAAGCCUUCCAGAUGUUUGACACCACCAAGUCGGGCUACAUCGAUGUCCUCAAGAUCUCCACCAUCCUGAACACCAUGGGCCAGCUCUUCGACGACUCUGAACUGCAGGCCCUCAUUGAUGAGAAUGACCCAGAGACCUCUGGCAAAAUCAACUUUGAUGGCUUCUGUAACAUCGCGUCUCACUUCUUGGAGGAGGAAGAUGCUGAAGCUAUGCAACAGGAACUGAAGGAAGCCUUCAGAUUGUACGAUCGCGAAGGCAACGGUUAUAUCACCACCUCCACGCUGAAGGAGAUCCUUGCUGCGCUCGAUGACAAGCUGAGCAACUCUGACCUCGACGGCAUCAUCGCUGAGAUCGACACUGAUGGCUCCGGAACCGUCGACUUCGAUGCUACUUACAACAACACGAGAGUGAAGGCAAUGGAUAUCCACACGUCCAAGGAGAUCCUGGCCACCCUGGGUCAUAAGCUGAACAACUUGGGCUCAAUGGUCCGCCGUGAACUCAAUCGAAGAGGGAAAAUGUUUCUCUGGAUUCUAUUGCUUGUGACGACCACUGCAUCUGCUCCGGCGGAAGAGUAUGGAGCCAUUGUCAACGAAGGAGAAUUUGCUGAUGAUGCCUCCAUUAUGAAAAUUGUACCUUCGGGCUUUUCGCCUCAGAAGAAUGAUUAUUUUAUUAAACCUGCAUUAGCUGAAGUUGUUAGUAAGGAUAAAUCUACUUAUAAGCGUAUGCUUGACAUUUUGAAAAAGGGUCAUACAAGUCUUGGGCUGACCUUCAAUAUUUAUGAUGACAACAUGAGAGAAGCUACUGUUGCAUUGUAUCGCCUGUUACUGGAUGUAGAUGAUGACAAAUUUGACGUCAUUGAGCGCUGGGCGAGAGUUAACAUCAAUAAGGACAUGUUUGAUUACGCUUGGCGAUUAGCGUCUCUCUACGGUAACAAGUUUAAGAAAGAAGAAAUGUUGCCUCCAUUCAUUAAGAAACCUAACCAUUUUGUUAACAGUGAAACAAUGUGGAAAGCAAUGCACUUAAAACUAGGUAACGGCAUGUUUAACGAAGAAGAUGCCAAACUUAACCAAUAUUAUAGAAGUGAUGAUGUACUAUUCAUUAAUACUAACUAUUCCGGUUGGAAUUUGCCGCAAAAUGGUUGUGAUCGAGAAAUCAACUAUUUGAAGGAAGAUAUUGCUCUCAAUAGCUACUAUCACGGAGUGCAUUUGUUGCAUCCAUUUUGGAUGAGCAAUGAUGAUUUAGAUUUGCUCAACCCACGGCACGCUGAACAUUAUUAUUUUACACACAAACAACUGAUGGCACGUUACCAACUUGAAAAAGAGCACCUUAAUAAGGAUUGUAAUGAAACGUGCGAUAUUAACCAAAAUAGUUACAAUUCCUACCUCAUGCAUGACUAUGGAUUACCAUUCCCUAUUAAAUCAUCCAAUAAGGAAUGGAACGAUGGAAGAGCUCGUCUAAAGUCUAUUGACAUUGCCAUAAGAGAAUGCAUUUCUCGAGGACUACUAGUGGAUAGUAAUGGAACAACUGUUCCCAUGGCGGGCGAGUACAACAUAGACCUAUUAUCCAAAUUGGUUCGUGCUAAUCUAGAUAGCCUCAAAUCUGUGAAGAUCAUCAGAUCGAUUUAUGGCUAUGGCGGAAAUGGAUACCCUAUUGACUGGUAUAAUCCAGCGCCAUCAGUGAUGCACUUCCCACAUACCUCGCUAAGAGAUCAAACCUACUGGCAUCUUCUAAAGAGCCUUAUGGAAUAUUUUACUGAGUACAAAAAGACGUUAGACAGUCUCGACUUAUCACAAUACCAAAACAAAAAUUUUGCUAUAAUUGAUAAUCGUUUCUCAAAUAUUACUACAUACUUCGAGUACUACAAAUUUAGUCUGAACAAGGGAUUAGGUGGUGGCAAUUUACAAUCUCCUCUAGUAUUUGCAGCGAGGCAAAGGAGGCUGAAUCAUUUGCCAUUCAUGCUCAACUUCACGCUUGACUCCACAACGGAAUCGGAUGUUAUUGUACGGCUUUUCCUGGGUCCUCUGUGUAACGCUAAAGAUUGCUGGCAAAUGUAUGACAGAUUUUUUGAGCUGGACGCUUAUAGAACACAAGUUAAACAAGGACUUAAUGUUAUUAGCUGGUCUUCUGAAACGUCUGAUAAAUUUUCCUCUGAUGAUUAUUAUAAUAUGGAGACAUCAGAUAAGAAAAAUAAUAAGUUUAACCUCUUCAAAUUUCCUAAAAAUCUUGUAAUACCUAAAGGACAAGAGCAAGGUCUUAAUUUAACUCUUUUCAUUAUGAUAACACAUGCCGAAAAGUCUUCGUCAGAAGAAGUGGCACCUAUUAGCAAUUACUAUAGCCAAGUUUUACAUGAAGUAGAUAAGAAACCUUUAGGGUUCCCCUUCCAUAGACAAGUGAUAGCUCAAGAUGAAUGUUUUGAAAACUGUAAGUUCUAUAAUGUGACGAUUUAUCACAAAGCCAGUCCAGUUGAUUCUAGUGGUUAUUUUUCAUCAAAUUUAUAUUAAGAAAGAGCAAAAUUAUCAGCAAAAAAUUGUCAAAAUUAGGUUGAUUUAGAAGCUAAAUCUGAGAUAUUUGUGUCCGUCGCUACUGUGUAAGUAAACUAGAUUAGGUUUUUAUAAUUAACAAGUAGUAAAUAAAAUAUUUUUAUACUAAA